GAAAGGUAUGGUAACAAUUAUAGAAUCUAUUACUGUGUAAGUAAUAGUUCAUAUUAUUUACUCUUUUGUGAAAGCAGGGUCCCGGUACUGCAAUGAAUUAACUGUCCUUAUAUACAGGCAUAGUGUAUUUUCUUCUAGGUCGCAUGAAUGGAAUUCAACAGAAGACGAGCUCUGUGUUAUCGAGAAGCUGCUUACAAGUGCUGAAGCAAUUAUAAAGGAAGAAGAGCUAGCACUUAGUGAAGAGCGGAAACUGGAGAAUCUACUAAGCCAAAUGGAGCUACACCCUACACCUUAUGGAUAUGGAGAAAAAUGCAAAGAAACGAUUGCUACCUGUCAGGAAAUGCCUAGCAAGUUGCUGGAGAACACGUCUGAAUGCCUUUCUUCUAAUGACGCGAAUAUUUCUAGCAGACACAGAAAAUGGGAUUCAAUAAGAUCAAAAUGUCAUAGCAAUAGUAACACUGUCUUUUCAGGCUCUGUAAUGAGCGCACAAAUGAGGUCUAUCAAUUUGCAGAAGGAGCUAAGAGAGAUUUAUAAAAUAGAAGAACGAAUAUUUGAAGAGAAUCGGAAGAUACAGGAAUUCCGUAACAUGGAGCAUGCUCAAGCUGCGCAAGAACAAGAGUCUGCUUUCGAAGCAUACAAAGCAAAGCUUUCAUUUCUGAUUACGCUUCACAGAGAACAAAACCACGUUGAGAGGCUGGAGCAAAGCCUAGCUAACGAAGAGGCAAAGAAACGUAAAAGCAAAAGAAAGAAGCUAGACAUGGACAGACUAAAAAAAUACUGCCAGACGUAUGUCAAGGAAAAUGUUUCAUUGUUUUCAGCACCCAGGUGCGCAUGUUUUACCUGUUCUCCGAUGGAGCAGUCAAACAACAUUGGAGCAGAAGUGUGCAAGAAUAUCAAGGUAUGUUCUCCUGUCACUAACUCUGUACAAUGCGGACCUUUACAAGACAGAAGAAUUGUAGAAGGCAGUGAAAUGUCUACAUCUGAAUCCCGAAACUCUGUGAAAUCAGCUAUGGUAAUACCAGAACAUCAAUGACUCUCCCAUAACACAGCAGGCAUUGGAACAAACUGAG